UUCUGAUCGCAUGUCAAUGUCAUUAUUGUCACCCGUUCCAAAUUGUUAAUUUUUUGGUUUAGCUCUCGCGUUUUCAUUCUUUAAUCGAAAAAUUGAUAAAUGUGAUUUUUGAUGGCGCAAGAUGUGCUUUACGAAAUGGCCGAAGAUGCGUUCUUGCUGAACGAGGACGGUAACUUAAAUACGAACACUGAUGUGAAGGAGAUUAUCUAUCAUCCGUCCCUCAACGUUAUAAUAAUUUGUACUAAUUUUGGUGUAGUUCGGGUUCUAGAUGUUAAUUCUGGAGUGAUUUUGCAAUCAACAAAUCUAAGCGCAGAAAAUGGCCGGAGUAUAAUAUGCAAAUACAUUCCAAUAGAAGACAGAGUUUUAAUAUGUGACGGGCAAUCGAUUGGUGUAAGAACCGACUAUAAUGGAGUGUUGCUAUUAGAGAGCAUUUUGCAAAAGGGCUUAACCGAUCCCACCGAGAAUGUCAAGAUUGAGCUGUCGAUGUUAGAGGCUGCGUUCCUUAAGCAAUGUGUGGCCCAUUCGACGCAUGGUAAGAGCCUUAAGUUAUACACCGAAUUGCAAACCGUAGUGGAAGCUGUUCACCAUUCAAAUAAAGACAAACGUGGAAUCAAAUCGCAAAAAUGGAAGACUGUUUGCAUUACACUACCGAUAGGAGAACUGAAGCAGAUAAUGUCCGCGCUAGUGAAGGAGUUAAUAGCCCAAAAAGUGCACAAUCCUUUAUUGCAAGUGGCCUCGGCGGUUAUGGAACGGAUAUGGGAAUUGAUGGGCGAGCCGACCAAUGCCGGCGAUAAAAGAAUGAUGGCAAGUGAAGCCAGAAGGCGUGAAACGUUCUCACAAUGGCCUCACAUGGACUACAAAUGGGCUUUACCCGAGCAAAUGGCACAAGCUGGUUUCUAUCACCAACCAAACACAGCAGGAGACGAUAGAGCUAUGUGUUUUACGUGUACAGUUUGUCUUGUCAGUUGGGAGCGAACUGAUGAGCCAUGGAGCGAACAUGAAAGGCAUUCGCCGACUUGUCCGUUUGUUAUAGGCGAAUAUACUCAAAAUGUUCCGAUUUCCGUGUCAAAAGCUACAGGGCCCGCAAUAGAUGCAACAUUUCGCGGCAACAAUAUAGAACUAAUAGGAACUAGCAGCAUUCCCAAAUUUCUUCCCACCUCUACAAAUGAUGGACUUAUUUCUGUAUUUGACGUGUCUGGGAAAAUCGAACGCACGCAUUCGUUCUUUGUGACUCACUUUGAUUCGCAUAUUUUGGAAAAACUGACUCAUGACUUUGGAUCAGGCUUUUGGAACGAUGAAAAAAAAGUCUCAGUUCAUAAACGUGUGACUGCCUUGUCGAUUGUCAGUGAUAAAGCUGCAAAGGAAAAAGCUGUGACUAAAUCUGUUCGACCCACCAUCAUUUGUGGCAUCACCAUUUCACAGAAGUUCGACAAAAACUCGCAAGACAAUAACGUUAUAGAGCCAACAUUGCAGCCAACAGAUAUUUUUGGGUUUUUAAAAGUCAUUAGAGGAACUGAUCUGGAUCGCGACGUAAACAACACAACGGGCGUUUAUCUGGUGGUUUAUGACUUUAUGUUUAAUAAAGAACAAGAGGAGCCGGAGGACAAAAGUGAUAACAGCAAGCAAAGUGAAAUCGAUUGUGAUAAACAGGUCACUAACGCCCCGUUGGCUUACAAUCAUAUUUCACUGAUUGACAUCGACUCUUCUGAUUUGAGCAAAAAGGACGAAUACGUGCUAUUGAAAGAACUGACUUCGUUUUAUAAAACCUUAAUUCCAGGAGAAAGUGAUUCAGUUUUUCUGCCUCCCGUCACAAAGACGAACGAUUCUCCAAAGAAAAACCAUACCGGACCUAGAUUAUUAACAGUCGACAUUAAUAACAGUGAGGCGGAUUUUGUUUCUGCUAGUGACAUGCUGGGGUUUUUGCCGCCGUAUCAACCCGAUUCGAAUGAAACCAGUAUAUCCGACCACAUUGUGGAUUUGAAGAACAAUCAAUCAAAUAAAAGAUUGAAUUACUCUAGAACGGUUCAGUGCAUUUCGCUGCCAGUUGGUUGCAAGAGGUGCAAAGGCGUGCAAAUAAAAAGCAUACUAACCACUCAAGAUGGGGCUCACAUACUGGUAACAGUAUGUAGUACUUCGGCACAUUUUCUCAUAGUGUAUGCAUUAAACUUUUCAAACAAAAUGGUUACAAUUGAUGAGAAUUAUUUAAAUGUAAGACACAUGGUGCCGGAGGAGAAACCGGUUGAGAUCAGUUUGCUACCCAGUUUGGAUAAAUUAAAAAUGCCGUUUGCGAAACUCGAAAAUGGUAUAGAAGGAAAUGUGAUUAUUGUUUGCGCAGAUGGAGCUGUGAGAAUCAUAGAAUUAUCCACUCUCAAAACGGCUUGCAUAGCGAAAAUUGAUGACAAAAAGUUUGUGUCUGCAGUAUAUUGUAAUAGUUUAGACCGAUUAUGUGUAUCGACAAGUGAAGGUUCUUUACAUUUCUAUGAACUAAAUGAGGGCGACUACGAGUCAACGGAUGAUCAUGAGGAAGACGAUAUUUUCCCUCUCAAUGCUGAUCAAUCAGUGAAAGACAUGUCAGCAGUGGAAAAGUUGGAUAUAAUCAGAUGCUUCAAAGAGCCACCAGCUCCCAUUCCACUGAAAGACUUGAAGACACUGCAGAAGCUCACCCUUUUUUCGCCUGUCAGGUCCGGUUAUAAUGUGACGGUGCCUCCUUGUUGGAGCGAAUUUCAGCAGGCAAUGAGACAAAGGAGGAAUACUUCCAUCAUAAAUACUGAAUCGUCUACGAAAACGUGGAGGCUUCAAACCGAUACCACUACAUGGGAGGAGCAUAUCUUUGAAAUCGCACUUCCAACCCCCGUGCAUUUAGGCCAUGUAGAUGUUCAUUUUACUUUGCAAAGUGGUUGCACCAAACCGCGUGUCGAAGUGUCUCUUUUACGACAGUCGAAAGGUGGGAUCGGACGACGGCAUGGCAAAGAUGUAAAGUUUUCGGUAGAUGAUUCAGUGACGAUCGAUAUGCUAAGGCGACUGGAAAAUCCGGUAGUUUCGGAGGAAUAUUUGCGAGCACAUAAUGCAGACCUUCUAGUAGGGCCAGUCAGUAUUGGUCAAUAUUUGGAUUUAACCGAUCAAAGUGGGAUUGUAACUCUCACUAGUCCUCGCUUAUUUAAAGUUAAGGUGAGGAAUUUAUUGUUGCACAUAAGAGCAGUGUUCGACAAAGACGCGAAAAAGCCUAAAGACUCCAAAGGCAACGUAGUAAUGGAUAAGCUGGGCAUUCCAACGAGAAAAAAUACGCAGUAUUUAGGGUGUGAUUGCAUUCAUGAGCUAAGCAUAGCUCUUUACGGGCCGUCAGAGAACCCACAGAUAAUUCACGAGAGAAUCAUGCGAAAUCUAAUGCUGGACUCGAAUGUAUUCGUGCAAUCGUUACUCAAUUCGAUUAUAACAAGUAAUAAUCGGGAAACUCAUCAGAAGGCUUUAGAUAUAUUGAAUUGGAUAGCUUCUAUCAAAUUGGUGCCAAGCAAACGCUAUUCUGUCAUCUCUCCGGACGAGCAAGUGGAACUUAUAUUUACCCUUUGCAUUGACGAAAAUAUGCUUGGAUUACUGCGGAAAUGUUUAUUACGGGGCAGUCGCAGUAUUGCUCACAAUUGUAUGUUGUUCCUGCUAACGUGUUCUCGCGAAACCAAAAAUAUCAGUGAUUCUUUCGGCAACCAAUUCGAUAACGUCGUUCUGCGGAACUUGUUAACAAUUAUGACCGAUAUCAAACAAGUGAAAUCACCGCUGGCGUUGCAGUGGCUGUUUGCGCUUCUUCUAAAGAUGACUAAAAAAGACACCGAACAACUCGUCGGAGAUAAAUGCAUCUCGCUUCUCAAAGAAACUGCGGACGAAUUAAUCAAACGAUCGAAUCCGUUCCACUUGCUACUACGUAGUCGCUAUGGUCUGUAUGGUUUACCUACGGAACCUGAGAUAUUCGACAUUGAACCUCCGACCUUUGUCAAGGAUUCUUGUACAAAUUCGUAUUACAACUUCACUUCAACCGCACAAAAUGCUGUUCCUGCCACUGAGGCUUCAGGCAUUAUUAUCGGCCCUGACUAUACACAGGAAGUGCCGCAAAAAACUGAUUCCCCUCCGCGGGACACAAUCAAAGAGAAUAAAUUGAAAAAUAAACACAUCUUUUUCCCGAGGCCCAUCAAAGGGUUGAUCGAGGCCGAGCCGCUGCACUUUUCGUGUAUAAAUACGAGCGAGGGAACCCGAAUUGAAAUGGCCGAUUCUGUGAAUGCCACCAUGCAAACCGCAGUAAAUAACAUUUUCCCGAUCGUUCUGGCUGCCACUCAACCGACGCAAAAAGAAACGAAAAAGGAAGAUUUUCAAUCCUUCGUUCAAAAGUACAUGGACACAAGUCCAUGUUUCAGUUCCCACUUAAAUGAUAUUAUUGAGAAUAACUUUGCUAUGAGCAAAGCGUUUGAGGAAGCGGAACAAAAGAUGGCAAUGGCCUACAAGAAUCUUUUCGACUAUAAUAAGUCAAUAAACAGCCAAAGCACAUCGAGUGUCCCAAUUAAUCAAGCGACUACAGAGAACGCACAGGAACAAGCGAUGAUAAAAAGUUGCAACUUACCGUGGCAACAAUUGUUAGUUCCGCCAGCGAAACAAGUAAUCGUCGUAGAACGGAUGCAUUCUGGAGCAAAGCGUCACGUGAUUUUGGAUUUUGGCGAUUCGGUGUCCUUAACAGACAUCAUUAUACCAUCAUGUUCGGACUUGGUAUCGUUAACCAUAGACGUGUGGCUGUUUGGCGAAGAAGUUGAUUCAGUUCGAUUAGUCACCUCAUCCGAUAUCGGAACCAAGAAUUUGAUUUUAAAUGACUUGCAACCGCCACCGCUUUGCAGAUUUAUGAGAGUGACUCUGGUGGGCCGAUAUGGAAUGUCAACUACUAGAUGUCGAAUUCCUCUGGGGUAUUUCUAUGGCCAUGUGAUUAUCUUGCCUGAAGACGUGCCUGGUGACAUUUACAUUAAGCCGCGGAACUAUGAAAAACAGCUCGGAGUUCUGUCUAAGCUUCUGGAGGAUAUCAGUUGCCGAUACAGUUUGGUUUGUUCCAAGCUCAAGGAUUACCUUCAGCCAUUCCUGAUAGCUGACGUGAAAAACACUUGCCAUUUAUCCAGCUACUUACGCACUACGCAGAGUUCCUAUAGGACUGGCUCGAAAACGGAUGAACAGAAAUUAAUCAGUGCCUAUACGGACGCUGUCACCUACCAACUCCAAAUGAACACCGUUCGAAAUGUGAUGUCCAGAAUUGAGGAAGGCAUGACGCAAUCAGCCUCUAGUGACUCGGGAUCCGUUGAAGCAACUGUUUCCACAGACAAACUGAAUUUCAUCGCAGAAGGCUUACUUGAAGUACUACUAUCAGUUGAUAAAACUGCUCAACUUCCGCAAGACCUUUGCCAACACCUUUUCAAAGGCCUUUGCGUUUCUGAGCCAGCCCGAAUCCAGUUGCUGGGGGCAAUGUUUUUAGAAAAAUCUUCCGGCUCGAGCUUGUUUUGGGGAAACUUUCUGGCCGACACUCUAGUCGAGUUGUUUUCUACGUCUAGCAACUCAGUGGUUCAACAGGACCGCUUAUUCGUGUUACUGAUCUAUCUGAGCAGGAAGAGUCCGGAGAACUCUGCCAAAAUUGAUGCUGCUAUGAGAGUGGUCUAUAAAACACUGAAACCCAUCGAAACUAACAGAUCUUUGCUAUUGGCGGUGAAUGUUGAUUUACCAUUUUUGUCAUGGCUGUUAAUGUAUCUUUCGCUGCAACUCACAUUUGACAAAAGAGAGGAUGAUCGAUGGGAAUGGGUUCAUAACGAAAUUACUUCAAAGCUCUCAACGACCCCAAGUGCUGAUUCGCAGGCAAAAGUUAAAAUUUUAGGAUCGUGGAAGAACAACACUUCAUGGUCAACGGUAAAAGAGUUCAAAACGAGCAAAGGUGGAAUUUUUAAAAAGACACCUGGAGCGGAAGCGAGUCCUGCCGAAGACAAAUUGUGGGAUCCAACGUCGCUCAUUGACUUAAUGCGGGUGCCACAAAGCAAGCCACAAUUUGUCGACACCGCUCAUUGCUUGGCAGUGGCGAGGCUUUUGCUAAAGUUCAUCAACUCUAUGGACCAUUCAGCUAGCGCGGACAUGAUGAUUUUGUCAUUUAAGAUUAUAUCAAAACUAGCAACAAUGGCCAAACUGCAACUAUGGCAAUUGUUAACGGAAUCCCAGCUGUUGAAUCUGAUACACUUUACACUAGCUUGUAAAGUCCACUGGGCCCCAUUUGCUCUUUUAUGCUUCUUGCAAGAUGCCUUAGAUUUGCAGAUUGAGGAUCUGGCUGAGGUUAUGGAAGUAGAUAGGGAGGGGGCGUCAAGUUCAUCCUGGGGUUCUUCUACAGUAAAUGAACUUGCUAAUGAAGACGAUAGUGAUACCAGCGAUAAAGCCAAUUCAAGUUUAGACUCAUCCGAUGCGUCAAAGACGAAAUCGAAACCUAUGAAUAAUUUGUCAUUUCCGCCACUGCCCUCUGUAUUUGAAACCGAUUCCAACGAUUCGGACAUUGAGGAAGUCUUGGAGACCUUUGAGAAAGUGAAGCCUGCCGUUCAGAUGCCGGCUAAAUUAACCUUUGAUAACUCAAAAUUUCAAGUUUCCGCACUACCGACCACAUGCACUACAAUUGAUGCGCGCUUAGAAAUUGGCCUCAGCUCGAUGUCUGAAAUAGGCCUACAAAGACUUACGACUGCAAACACGCACAAACUGCUACAGAAUGUUUUAGAAGAUCGAUUCGUAGAGACGGAAUGCGGUCUGUUGCCCUGGCCCGAACAGGUCGACCUAUUCGCCGCCGAAUCUACCGUUCAGAACGCUGCGCAAAUGUUAUCCUAUUGUUUCGACCAACUUUUAAACAAACUCCAGACUAUGAAUCCCGAUCAGAUAGAAGAUGUUUUGCAUCUGUGGGUCACGCUCAACUGUAUCAAACGCGAUUCGAAGUUCGACUCUUCCGCCACGCCGAUCAUACAGAUUCAGGCAGAGCCGGUUGUUGGUCUGAUCUCCGCCUUGGCGUGGACUCCAGGAUUAUCAUUGAAGGCAUGGUGUCUCGGAUUGCAGGCCUUAACGUUAGUGUGCAAUGCCGGUUGGGAUGGUGGUUCUUCAUUUUCCGCAACUGGAAUGCUGAGCACAAUUGUCAAUCACCGGGACUUUGUGCAAUUGUUUGUAAAUUUCCUGUCCGGAAGUGGGAUUGCAUUUAGAGAAACAGGCGCGGCCGGGCCUACGUUGUGCAAGGCGUUGCACGAUUUCCUUGUAAGACUUCAAGUUAGAUGUGAUAUAGUAAGCCAGUGCAGUAAAUUAGGUAACUUAUUAAAGACUGUAAUGUUAAAUGUGGUGUACCAAUUGUCGCGACCCGGUGGUCCCAUAUUUACGCGAUUGGGCCCUUUGGAUGCCCAAUGUAAACUGUUCCAGUCAAUAUUGUACUUGGAUUUUACCAAUAUUGAUAUCAGCAUUGGAAUGAGCACACUGGAGAGUGCAUCACUUCUACUCAAUCACUAUUUUACGAGUAUUGACAAUGUGAAAUGCUUACCAAUAGGCGAUAAGCGGUCUAUUUGGAACAAUAACUUCAGCGAUAUCUUUGCUGGUGUGCUCGGCACAGAUGCCACCAAGCCGGAAAGGUCCGUGUCCUAUGAAGAUUUGCUAAUAAAUUUAUUGAAACUGUUCGGAAAGCUGGCACAAACUCCGAUGGUAUACAACAGCAAUUCUUCGGGCCGCGCGACGAACUUAUCAGAACCAUCGGCAUUUUCACAAACCGACGAAUCGAAAGCAGAGCAAAUUAAUCAAUUUCAUGCCGACAACUUACCGUCCCAACUGGUCACGCCGUUUUUUGCCGAUACUGUUUUACAGCACCACCCAACGAUUAUUUCCCUUUGUAAGUGCUUGGCCAGCUCUAAAAGGUCAAGAUUCGAUACAUCUUCAGACGUACCGUUGAAGAAUAUUCUAAGUUUUUCGGAGCCCACCUCCGUAGAGGAAGCGAUCUUCCAAUUUCUCUGUACUCUGGUCAAGAAAGCUACCCGAAGGGAACUGGUGAUGGAACCACUUUUGAUGUUCCUCUCACAAAAACCUGAUUUAAAUCGGCUUCUUACUCACUUUAUACAUCAAGUACUUGACAAUGAGGAGGCUGUGGCCUGUUUCUACAAUGCUGGUGGCAUCCAGAGUCUGGCUUCGAAUGUAGUGAGCAGCAUUAAUGUGUCCAGCAGCGUAUCGAAACGCGGCACAAUAACAACUGUGUUAGAAUUUUUCAACAAAGGCAGCUCAUACCAACAUGAAAACGAGGAUCCCACUCACAAGAGCUGCCAAAAUACCCCUGAACUGUGUGGUUUGAUUAAUUUUGCCCCCUCGUGUACCAUUACGUGCCAAUCGAUCACGUCUCAGCCUGCAGAUGUAUUAAUUCAGGGUGGAUCUGGAGUGACACAUAGAAGAUCUCGAUCGGCACUCUGGUCUCACAAUUUGUACCAAGACGAAACCCACACGGAUCUACUGCUUGAGCUGCCUACUGCAGUGCUGCUGAAGGAAGUUCAACUUCAACCUCACGCGAGCAGUCUUGCCACAUGCCCUUCAUAUGUUGCGAUCGAGACUUCAGCUGAUGGACCACGCGGACUGGUGCCAGCCUGCUAUCCGUUAGCGACCAGUGGCAUGACUUCUAUCCGCCUGGGGCUUCCGAGUCCCAAAGUUGUUAAUUGCGUGCUAAUAAGGCUGUACAAACCGAAAGUCGGAAACACUGUUGGAUUGGUGCAAAUUCGCUUGUUGGGUAGUUGUGUAUUUGGGCGUACUAGCCUAGGUGAACUUGAUGAAGAAUAUUGCAAUCUCGGCUCGUCGGGCAUCCUGUUACUUCACGGUUGCUUUAUGGUGGCAGUCGAUCCGCAAUUACGACGACAAAUCGUGGAGUCGGCGUCGCUGGUGCCGAAUUUCCUAAACACCUGUUGCAGUAUGCUUUUGGUUCCUUCGCAGAUGUAUCCCGGGGAGUUGCCCUAUUUGGAAAGUGUGCUCAGAGAAUUGUCGCUUUUUAGCCCCGAAAAUGGCAUGGCGACAAUACGAAACCUGUUGGACAAUCGCUUAAGCAUAGUGGAGCCCAUGUUGACCUUAGCUUUCAGGUUGCAGGAUAAAGUAAUCGAAAACAUUCCGGGAUCGCAGUCCGCCUGCGAAUUGCUGUACCAGAUCUUGGAGCAUCAGGAUGCCAAUACUGGCCAUCGAGUUGAUAUGGUCCUAAAGUGGUUGAAAGCAACCGCAGAUGAAUGCUUGCGAACAGGGAAUACUAGAAACUGUAGCCCCACGUACGUUUCCAGUAUAGCAUCCAUCUUGUGGUUCAGUAAAGAGGCCGAAAUUGGCUACGACUUGAAGGAACUUAUAACUCUGGACCUGUUUGAUGCGAUCUACGAUUUGAAAAUGAGAACCACCAACAACAGUUUAAAAUAUACAUUGGAUUGUCUUCUGUGCUCCGUGUGCUACAUUCGUUCCGAAUUAUUUCCGCUGUUGCUGCAGAAAGUCGGCGUUCUUGUGCCCAAUCUGUCCACUGAUCGAGCCGCCUCAAUCAGCGAUGAUCGCAAAGAUGCAGAAGGAAUGACGGAUGACCACAAGGAAGACUACGCGAAUUGCGAAUGGUAUGGUCAUUUGAUCAUACGGGAUUUGUCGGAAUUGGAUUUAUCGCAAGAACAACUGGAGACUGUGGCUUUGGCUAGCAGGUCACCCACCGCAAUCCAGCAACUGUUAGACUCAGGGUUGCCGAAACUGUUGAAUAACGCCAUUCACGAAUUUUGCAAUAAGAACGACCAGGACAGUUCGGUGCCGAUGGCCAAACUCGAGCAAGUGGCCGCAAUAUUGCAGUUCUUUACUAACGCCUGUGAUGAGAAGAUGCUUAGAGACUGGCUUGGAUCCCCAGAUGGAUCUUCGUUUUGGCCUCAGCUCUUACAUUGGCUCUGCAAGAAUCCAUUCAACAGCGCCAAUAUGCAGUCCGAGGCCCUCGUACAUUUAGAAGAAAUUUGUGUGAAGUUUUUGUCGAAAUGCUGUUUGUGUCAUCCGACGAAUCAAGCUCGUUUAGCGACAGUCCUAUGUGAAGUGAUAUCCUUGCAGCAAAACGACAUUUCUGGCUUUUUGCGCCGACUUAUACUUCAGUUGCUUCUGGAGAACGAGAAAGUGCCAGUCAUCAUUGAAGCAAAUUUUGCACUCUACCAAAACUUCAACAUUUUUGAACUGAUCGUUCCAGUCCAUCCGGCAUUUAAACAGACACACCAUCGCAGAACGUCGUAUAUGAGUACUUCAACCUGUUUAGGCGAAAUCUUGGAGGGAUAUAUUUCGUGCCCCCCCAACGCGUCCGCCUCCAAAUCGGAAUCGGUAUCGUCCAAAAAGUCUUCGACCAUAUCAAAAAAAGACACCUCGCAUCUCAAAGACUUUUAUGUGGCGGAGUUUGGAGUGUUAAGCAUGGCCGCGGGAAAUACUGCUAAAGACAAACGUGCUAAAGACAUUAAGAAUCUUGCUGCUGUCACACCCCAAUCGAAGAAGAAGCGCUACGCGUCAGAGACUCUGGUCUACGAUAUAAUCGAGGGGCGAUGCAUCUCAUGUCAAGCUUUUCCCGGCGAACCGCUUCCGUUGAGCUUGAAUUUGGGGCAACUGCUGCUACUCAUCGAAUCGAAAAACAUCACGAACAACUGGCCAUUUCUUCAUCUCACAGUUAGUGAGAGCACAAGUGAUGAACGCAAACAUCAGACCAAGGAAGCGAUUUAUAUGGUCCAACAACAGCACCCCAUUUGCAACGCAUUGCUGGCAUUCAGCUCUAUUGGUGGCUUGGCUCUUUUAGCUCAGCACUUACCUACAGUAUAUCCUGAGGCGAUCAGAGUUGCAAAUCCUGAAAAGACGAUGCCUGAUUUCUCCGAAUCCGAAUGGAUUAAGCUAGAAGAUGCCGAUGAUCUAUACGAGGAUAUCGAAGAGGUGAUGAGUAACUCUGCAUCGCCCAGUUCGACGGGAACAAUCUCGCAAAUUCCUCCACAUUCCCUAACUGCGUUCAGUUUGUUUUUGCGACUGCCUGGAUAUGCAGACGUGCUACUAAAAGACACCAAAAAGGCGAUUUGUCUGUUAAGACUUAUGUUGGGCGUUACUGACGACGGAGAAGGUCGAGACAUGUUGCAGUGGGCCGUGGCCUCAUCUUUGGCAACCUUUCCAUUUGAAGUGUUACGCCAGCUUUACGACGUAUCCCCUUUGUGUUCCGACGAUGGCCGACUUCUACGAAGAAUCAGUAUUAGUAGUGGAGCUGUGCAGCUAAUUCUGUCUUGCCUGGGACUGCUGACGCAUCACUCCUCAACCAAUCAUGAGAAGGACUCCGUUAAGAAUCAGAAAACGAAGGAAGAACGCCAGCUUUACUGGGCGAAAGGUACGGGAUUCGGAACUGGAUCCACCCAACAAAGCUGGAACGUUGAGCAAGCCCUAAUGAAACAGAAAACUGAAGAGGAGCAUGUGACAGUCUUAUUGGAUGUAUUGGCAAGUUAUAUCAACCCCAAUGAUGAAGCUGGUGAAGAACUGGUCGGAUAUGUUCUACCGCCUCAGUUUCCCGAGAUGUUAGCCAAAAGCGCUUUGCUCCCAGCCAUUAGUUCCUAUCUAAGAAAUGAUUCAGUAUUAGACAUGGCUAGACACAUACCGCUCUAUAAGGCCGUGUUGAAAGUUCUUAGAGCUUUGGCUCUCAUUAAGCAGCUAGCCAAGCUGUUGUUACCGCAAAAUUCCGAAUGCAGCGAACUCUCGGUUAGUUCAUUGCUCAAUAAUAUG